ACCUGCUGCACGCGCCGCGCGGAGUUUCCUCUUCCAGCAGCAGACCGCCCUCCUCGGUUCGGUUCGGUUCGUUCUGACCGGGCCGCCUUAGAGUCAGAGCGGGAUCGGAACCAGGGUUCGGAAGCAGGAGCCGAGCAGCCGGUACCGGUACCGGGAGCAUGUCCCGGGCGGAGCAGCGCGACGAGGCGGACUGCGUGUGUUCGGUGGGGAUGAAGUUAACCUGGGACAUCAACGACCCCAAACUGCCUCAGGACCUGAAGCAGUUCGACCCGUUCCAGGAGUGGACAGAUGGUUACGUUCGCUACAUCUACAGCGCUGAUGAUAAGAACGCUCAACGGCAUCUCUCUGGCUGGGCCAUGAGGAACACCAACAACCACAACUGUCAGAUUCUGAAGAAGUCCUGUCUGGGUGUAGUGGUUUGUUCCCGAGGCUGCACCCUGGCAGACGGUUCCAGACUGCAACUCCGUCCAGCUAUCUGUGACAAGGCUCGACAAAAACAGCAGAAGAAGAUGUGUCCGAACUGCAAUGCUGCCCUGGAGCUGCUGCCAUGCCGAGGUCACAGCGGUUACCCUGUUACUAACUUCUGGAGAGUUGACUGCAAGGCCAUCUUCUUCCAGGCUAAAGGGGUCCAUGAUCACCCAAGACCAGAAUCCAAAUCUGAAACUGAAGCAAGAAGAAGUUCAGUAAAGAGACGAGUCAGUUCACCGCCGUUCACACCCAAAAGACGUCUCAUUGAUGCACAGGCCCUGGGUCCAGCCCUACUUUGUGUGGAACCACCUGAAAGGAUCUCUUUCAUUGAGCCAAACUUCCCUCAGCAUUACCCACCUUUCCAGAGCACCGAGUCCUACUAUAACCCCCAUAAUGCACUUGGAGAGGCCCCACCCACUCUUCAAAAACCAGCCAAUACAAGACUGUACAUGGGACGACCUGGCUACGAGUUCCAAGGAUACUUGACCUCCCCUACAUAUCCUGUGACUUCUGAUCUCUGCGAUCCCAGGGUGACGCCGGUCCUAGCUUCCUCCUCUACACCCUCAUCCUCAUCAGCUCCUCUCUCAUCAUCGUCCUCCUCCUUUGACCCUCAAACGAAGCCCCCACCAGCCUGGAAGGAGCUACUGAAGAGCUCCGCCCCCUACGGGGAUAACCAUCACUACUACAGCACAGAGUACCCCUGUCGUUAUCCAAGUAACCCUCCAGGGUCCCCUGCUGCUCUGCAGACCAUCAUCACCACCACAACCAAGGUGUCCUACCAGCCCUGUCCAAAGCCUCCAGGGACACUGCCUCCCUACCAGCCAUGUCCUAAACCUUCUGGCAGCCUCACGUCCUACCAGCCCUGCGCUCCAACCAAACCUCCAGGCCUGCCCGGUUGCUCCUCCCUGCUGGACGAUGCCUCCUCUUCUUAUUCCACCGAAGUCAAGGUGACAGACGAGCCUGGCGGUGUCAUCAAGAGUCUGUCGUUUCCUCCAGAACCACUGCAGACCAAAACAGAGCGGACGGAUGGCUACGAUUACCACUACGCCUACCCCAACACGUAUCGCUAUGACGACUACUGACUAACUCUGCUGCAUGACGGUUGUUUUUCUGACCCGGACAUCAGUUCUAGUUGUGGAGUUUCAACCACGGAAGAUCCAACGUUGACCACUGGACCUAAAAGAACUAGUUUCAUCUGGAUUUGAUCUGGCCACAGAUGGGGCUGCUUCUCCAUCUUAGCUCGUCAACUAUGUGCAGUAAUUGUUGUGUUUAAAUAUAUGCUAUAUCAUCUCUCACUGGUUCACUAAAGACUGGCUGUCAUCCAGACAGGACCUGUUUCUAGAGAAGUUUUCCCAUCAACAGGUCUGUGUAGAUCAAACGAACUGUUCUCCAGCUUAAACGACUUUCUGGAUUCCUCCACCACACCGGAUCGCUCUAAGGGGAUCCUGCUGGCUGAGAACAUUUCAGUAAUUCUAGCAGAACCUUCAGUUCGGGUUUGGGUGUUAUAUGUUCCACCAGC